AGGUCGAACAAAGGCGAUAAUUUAAAAUAACAAAUAUUUAACGUGCAAAAUAAAUCGGGUAUUUCGACAUCGAUGACCUGAGGAAUGGAUUCGGAGGCCGGGAUAAAGAAGAGCAUCCUCAAAAAACAAGAAGAACGCCUACACCGGAGCAGCAGCGUCACUGUUGGCUCUGACACUACUGGACACCCGGCGAUUUCCAGCGGUAGUGAGACACCCAGAAAGCGGGCGAUCAUUCAAGAUGAAGAUGGUGUUUGGCUUCCUGGAGAACAAGAUGACAUUCCAGAACAGGUCUCAUCGCACAGCCUAAAAGUGUCCAUCGCAGAUCGAACGGCUGGUGAGCGUGUGUCGUACAGGUUAAUACAACAACGAAGCUUGGAUCAUGGACUAUACAGUCAAAUGAACCGACUGGAUGUGGAUGCCUCCGAAGUUGUUGAUAAGCCAAAUCGUGGGGAUGAUGAUCUAAUCAACGCCGGGACGGCAUCCAGUAGCGAGAGUUCGGAUAUUCUUCGGAGCGCCCACGAUCUCGGUCGAAUAAUCGUCUCACAUAGCCCGAGCGAAGAUACUGUGAUACAAUUGCUACAGUCCACGUCCAGUGGACACGCUUUCAGUUUACGCGACGUACUGGCUCACAGACUGCCCGUUUUUAAUGAUGAGGAGGAAGAGGAAUCUGUCGGUGGCACGGAGGAUAAAAUGGCUCCCGACACAGAAUGACUAUGCCCUACAGCUCUUCAGCAAUUUGCUGGUUGUACGUGAUUCUGCUGAAACGUCAAGUCUGAUGCCAUGGAUCAAUGUCGUCAGUGCUCUGUACGUCUUCUGUUGCUAUACCCAAUUUCACAACAUCGUUUCCAGACAUUCCUUUCGCUGGACUAGAGCAAGUGACCCGACUACCCCCAUCCUGACUACGGGCUGUGGGACAGUAUUUUAUUUGUAAAUAAUAUACUGUAUAAUUUGGUCGUAUACUCCAAAAUACACGGAAA